CCACUACUUCCGGUGCGGGGGCGGGGCAAUGCGGAAGCGGCGGCCCUGCCGGGGCGGAAGUGACGUUACCGCUUCGGACAGCGGCACGAAGAAGCUCCCCUGGAGCUGGCAGAGGAGGAGGAGGAGCUGUUCUGCCUCUUAACAAAGGAAAAAUGGCAUUCAGUAAAGGUUACCGAAUCUAUCAUAAACUGGACCCACCACCAUUCAGUGUGAUAGUAGAAGCCAGAAACAAGGAGGAAUGUCUCAUGUUUGAGUCUGGAGCUGUAGCUGUUCUCUCAUCUGCAGAGAAAGAGGCAAUCAAGAACAUGUACUCCAAGGUAAUGGAUGCAUAUGGACUUCUAGGUGUAUUAAGAUUAAAUCUUGGAGACACAUUGCUGCAUUAUUUAGUACUUGUCACAGGAUGUAUGUCUGUGGGAAAGAUUCAAGAAUCUGAAGUUUUUCGUGUUACUAGCACUGAUUUAAUAUCAUUGCGAAUUGAUCCCUCCGAUGAGGAACGCAUCUCUGAAGUGCGCAAAGUUUUGAAUUCAGGAAACUUUUAUUUUGCAUGGUCUUCUACUGGGGUCAGUUUAGAUCUUAGUCUGAAUGCCCAUCGUAGCAUGGAGGAGCAAAGCACUGAUAACAGAUUCUUCUGGAACCAAUCGCUGCACUUACAUCUUAAACACUAUGGAGUGAACUGUGAUGACUGGUUGUUACGUCUCAUGUGUGGAGGAGUAGAGAUUAGGACAAUUUAUGCAGCUCAUAAACAAGCAAAGGCUUGUAUUAUUUCACGACUAAGCUGUGAACGUGCUGGGACAAGAUUUAAUGUUCGAGGAACAAAUGAUGAUGGUCAUGUGGCCAAUUUUGUUGAAACUGAGCAGGUGAUAUUCCUAGAUGAGUGUAUUUCAUCUUUUAUACAAAUUCGUGGAUCUAUUCCAUUAUUUUGGGAGCAACCUGGUUUACAAGUUGGAUCUCACCGUGUUAGAAUGUCAAGAGGAUUUGAAGCAAAUGCUCCAGCUUUUGACAGACAUUUUCGUACUCUUAAAAAUAUGUAUGGAAAACAAAUAAUUGUGAAUCUCCUUGGAUCAAAAGAAGGCGAGCAUAUGCUUAGCAAAGCCUUUCAGAGCCAUUUGAAAGCAUCUGAACAUGCUGAUGACAUCAAAAUGGUGAACUUUGACUAUCAUCAAAUGGUCAAAGGUGGAAAGGCAGAAAAGCUACACACGGUUCUUAAACCACAGAUCCAGAAAUUCUUAGAUUGUGGGUUUUUUUUCUUUGAUGGAAAGGAAGUUCAGAGAACUCAGAGUGGUACUAUACGAACAAACUGCUUGGACUGUCUGGAUAGAACAAACAGUGUGCAAGCUUUUGUUGGCUUAGAGAUGCUAACAAAACAACUGGAAGUUUUAGGUUUGACUGAAAAACCUCAGUUGGUUACUCGAUUCCAAGAAGUAUUUCGGUCCAUGUGGUCUGUUAAUGGGGAUUCAGUCAGCAAAAUCUAUGCUGGAACUGGGGCCCUUGAAGGAAAAGCAAAGCUGAAAGACGGUGCACGUUCUGUGACCAGAACAAUUCAGAAUAACUUUUUUGAUAGUUCAAAGCAGGAAGCUAUUGACAUUUUGUUGUUGGGGAAUACUCUAAAUAGUGAUUUAGCAGACAAAGCACGAGCCCUUUUAACCACCGGCAGUUUACGUGUUUCAGAACAGACAUUGCAAUCAGCAUCAGCAAAAAUAUUGAAGAAUAUGUGUGAGAAUUUUUACAAGUACUCAAAGCCAAAAAAAAUUCGAAUUUGCGUUGGUACAUGGAAUGUCAAUGGUGGAAAGCAGUUUCGAAGCAUUGCCUUUAGAAAUCAAACUCUCACUGACUGGCUGUUAGAUGCACCAAAGAUAGCUGGCAUCAGUGAAUUUCAAGAUCGAAGGAGCAAGCCUGUUGAUAUCUUUGCUAUAGGAUUUGAAGAAAUGGUAGAGCUAAAUGCAGGAAACAUUGUGAGUGCAAGUACAACUAAUCAAAAGCUAUGGGCUGCUGAAUUGCAGAAGACUAUUUCAAGAGAUUACAAAUAUGUUCUGCUGGCUUCAGAACAGUUGGUGGGUGUCUGCCUCUUUGUAUUCAUCCGACCUCAGCAUGCACCAUUUAUCAGGGAUGUUGCAGUUGAUACAGUGAAGACUGGCAUGGGAGGAGCUACUGGUAAUAAGGGAGCAGUAGCAAUUCGGAUGUUGUUCCAUACUUCCAGUCUCUGUUUUGUAUGCAGUCACUUUGCUGCAGGACAGUCACAAGUCAAAGAGAGAAAUGAAGAUUUCAUUGAAAUAUGUCGAAAACUAAGCUUCCCAAUGGGAAGAAUGCUUUUUUCCCAUGACUAUGUUUUCUGGUGUGGUGAUUUUAAUUACCGAAUUGAUCUUCCUAAUGAGGAAGUAAAAGAACUAAUUCGGCAGCAGAACUGGGAUGCGCUUAUUGCAGGAGAUCAGCUUGUUAAUCAGAAAAAUGCUGGUCAGAUAUUUAGAGGUUUUUUAGAGGGAAAAAUAGCUUUUGCCCCUACUUACAAGUAUGACUUAUUUUCGGAUGACUAUGAUACCAGUGAAAAAUGUCGUACACCAGCUUGGACAGAUCGCAUACUGUGGCGGAGAAGAAAAUGGCCUUUCGACCGAUCAGCAGAAGACAUGGAUCUUCUAAAUUCCAGUUUUCAUGAUGAAAGUAAACUUAUAUAUACAUGGAGUCCUGGAACCUUGUUGUAUUAUGGAAGGGCAGAGCUGAAAACAUCUGAUCAUAGGCCUGUUGUUGCAUUGAUUGAUAUAGAUAUCUUUGAAGUUGAUGCAGACGAGCGACAUAACAUUUACAAGGAAGUAAUCGCAGUACACGGACCACCUGAUGGUACUAUAAUGGUAUCCAUCAAAGGGUCUCCAUCAGAAGAUAAUUAUUUUGAUGACAACUUAAUUGAUGAACUUCUUCAAAAGUUUGCAACUUACGGUGAAGUUAUACUCAUAAGAUUUGUGGAAGACAAAAUGUGGGUGACGUUUUUGGAAGGGAGCUCUGCUUUGAAUGUUCUGAACCUUAAUGAUAUUGAGCUCCUUGGGAAAACUAUCUAUAUUAAUUUGAAAAGCCCAGAUUGGAUUAAGAGUUUGGAAGAAGAGAUGAGCCUGGAGAGAGUUAAUAUUGGAUUGCCUUCAUCAACAAGUUCCACUUUGCUUUGUGAAGAUGCAGAAGUUACUGCAGAUUAUGAUAUGGAAGGUGAUAUUGAUGACUAUAGUGCUGAAGUAGAAGAAAUUCUUCCCCAGCAUCUACAGCCAACAGUAGGCUCUGGUCUUGGAGCAUCACCUGGUUCUUCACCUCGUUCAAGUCCCUGCCAGUCACCUACACUAUCAGAUGGGCCACCUCCAACCCUUCCAUCAAGACCAAGCAGAGCACCUAAUAAGACUCCUGGUCUACCUUCAUCUUCUCAAGGUUCUCCAGUAGAUUUUCAACCAGUUACUCAAAGAGAGUCUACUCAAGGCUUGGAACCAAAGCGCCCGCCUCCACCCCGCCCUGGAGCACCUCCUGCUCGUCCUGCACCACCACAGAGACCACCUCCACCAUCAGGGGGUAAGAGUCCUGCACCUGCUAGAAAAGAAUUUGGAGGUCUUGGUACUCCUCCCAGUCCUGUUGUACCUAGGAGAGAAGAAGUUCAGAAAAGCCCUGGGCCACAAAGAAGAGACAUAGUUCAGAGUCACUCACCACCUCUGGCUGGAGUAACAACCACAGGAACAUCUGGAUACAGUACCUGUAGACCGACCAUUCCUCCCCGAGCUGGAGUCAUAAGUGCACCCUUAAGUCAUGUACAUCCUCCCAUGGGAAGACACACACCUGAACUCCAACCGAAACCAGCAGAACUGCCAAGAGGAUCCCCUAUACUUCCUGAACCUCUCAAACCACAGGCUGCAUCUCCUGUUCAUUCCACCUCUCAGCAGUCUUCUGUCCUAAAGAUGCAGGAACCUCUUAUACCCGUGAUAGCUCCAUCUCAAACACCUUCUCCACAAAACUUGGAAGCACCCCCGCAGCCACCCCCACGUAGCAGGUCAUCUCAGAAUUUGCCUUCAGACCCCAUUCCUUCAGAGAAACAAAUUAAAGCAAAUGGAAUUCAUGCAAUUCAGCUUGAAACAACGCUAAACAACGAUCCUUUUGAAGAUCUGUCUAGUCAGCUGCUUUCGGCACCCAAGAUUCAGACAUCAGUUCGAAUAUCACCAGUACCUUUAAACCAAAAGAAGUUGACAAAGUUGCCUUCUGCAACAGACAGUUUUAAUACUUUGAGUAACACAAAUUGCAUGCCAGCAGUACCACUUAUUCCAACAUAUAGUAAACCUGAAGAGCAUAAGUCUAGUUCUUCAGAUCUAUUUGCUGCUAACACAAACCCAUUCACUGAAGAAACAAUUAGUGCUGGAAAUCCAUUUAGAACAGAGAUCCAAGAAUCUGGAGCAACUUCGUACUGCUCAAUUGAAGGACCUGCUGCAUAUACAUACCCACCUCCAAAGCUUUCUAGUGAUCAAAUAGGCAAGGCCACAUUUUCUGUCAAUGUGUUUAAAGAUGAUUUUCAUUUGCGAAGCGCACCUUCUACUGUUAACACUGGAAAACCAAAAGGAUGGGUAACAUUUGAAGAAGAGGAUUUUAUGUUGAAGGUAAAAUCAGCAGACAAUCUCACUGAAUUAAAAAGAGCCAGUUCCCUGAAAACAACGUCUUUUCCAGUGUCUCUGGGCACUGAUCAAAAUAUCUUUAGCUCAGACUCUGUCAUUUACAACAUCCAGAACAAAAGCUCAGAUUCUUUCCAUCCAUUACCAGCAAGACCCCCGCCUGCACCUCCUAUACCAUCCAGGUCCACCAGCACCAGAUCAGCCAUCAACCCUUUCAUUCCCUUGACACCUAAAGUUUUAUCAAAUCAAGAUUUUACAGAAAGAUAAAUUCUUUUAAACUGGGUAUUUAAGUUAAGAGUAUCCAGUAGAUUGGGCACUGAUAUAAUUCUUCGUGUGCAAUAAUUUGGUCACAUGCACUGAACCUUAAAUAUUAAAUGACUAUGUACAAAAUAUAAAGCUGAGUCUGUAUAUAUGGUAGUGCACAAAGCUAAUUCUGUAACUGAUCUGAUUAUGCCUCCUCUGAAAAGGCACAAUGCAGGAGAAGAUAUUUAAAUCCCAUUGUAAUUCAUAGGACUCUAGUAGAAAAUUAAGUGUUCUUCCCACUGAUGAAAAAUAAUACAAGCCACAAGUAUUACUUUCUCUGAACAGUGCACAUAAUUCAUAUUAUUUCUGUUUCUUAUGUAAGGUUUUAAAUACUAUUUUAAAUAUUUGCCUUUCUGAUAGAACCUAUAAUUAAUUCAGUUAUCUGUUAAUCCAUGUAUUUAUAAGUAUUGACCAAAGAACUGCCAAAGUUUAAUUAAAAUAUUGACUGUUUAAGGGUAAUAUUGGGGGAAAUAAAUUCUAUUCCAGAGGUUUAUGAAUAUUUGAUAGGGUGAAUUUCACAUAGGAAUGAAAGAAACAUUUAAGUAAAUAGCAUAUAGUAAUAUAUAUUAUGUUUCACUGCAAAUAUAUUAUUUUACACAUGUGGGAAAUGUGAUUUAAUCAUAAUCCAGUUUUAUUUUUGCUUUCAACACAAUACAAGUUGAAGAACUUUCCCAGUCUAACUUACCAGAAAAAGAUGAAUCUUUGUUAAACAUAGAGCAAAAUCUCAUAACUGAAGGAUACAUUGCAGUCACUUUUGAAAUGAAGAUUUGGGCAAAGAAGUGAUUAGAUAUAUAGUCCAUGCAUUUCAAUUUUGUUUGCUUCCUAUAUAUAGAAGUGCUAUGUUUCAAAUUUGGUUUCAGAGGAACAGACUAUUUUUGUACUGUUUUGUUAAUUUUUUUUAGAAGUAUCACCUUCCUAAGAUAGAAACAAGAUGUCAAAGUCACAUAGAAUGUUUAUUGGGCAUAAUUUUAUUACUGGUUGCACAAUGCUUUGUAAACUCAAAAAUGGGUAUGAUCCUGUGUGUUUGCAACAAAUGGCAUUUAAAUGUAGUAUUUUAGUGCCAUGAAGGAAACUUGGUUUUUUCCCCUCCUCAAUAAUACUUUGUUAGAUUAGUUAGACUCCCUUUCUUAUUCUUGUUGUCACAACUAUUUAUAUUGCUUCUUAGCUUUUUUAAAUUUGUGAAAGAUACUUUUUUUAAAAGGGUCUCACCAAAUAAGUCUGGUCUUAUUACUCUAUUAGCAGUCUGCUCUUAUACUGAUUAUUAGCACAGUCUGUUCCUUCAUAACAUGUGAGUGAACCACAAAAUUCCUUGGAGCAGGAAAAAUAAAACUACAUUUCUAAAUUCCUUAAUAAUAUACCAAUAUAUUUGUAUAAAUCAUCCCGUUUAACAAUGCAUAUCUAUAACUGCAAUUGAGAAAAGAAGUAAAUACAGCAAGUUCUAUAUUGUGCUUUUAAAAAUACUUGUACAUUUUGAAACAGCAGUGGUGUCAUAAUAUAACUUUUGUGCUUCCGUAUGUGACUUAAACUAGUUAAAAUGCUGGUUAUUAACAUCUAUGUGAUUGUGCUUUGGUAUAAUAUGUUAGCAAAGCAAUUGUGUUCUGGAAAGUUAGUGCAAAUUACAGUUCAAUGAUAUGUGGUCCUUGUUUAAAUAUUUAAUUUCAAUUAUUACAGUUUUUCUGUAGUAUUUAAAAUACAGGCCCCAAAGAUCUUCAUUCAGCUACAAAAUCUGGCAAUGUAAUACUGCAAAAAUUGCAACAAAGCACCUACUUGCAAAGAAUGAAUAAUUAAUCAUCAUAGUGUCUAUUGCUGAAGGUGAUAACUAGUAGGAAGUCAAAAUUAGCAAUUAAGUUAAAAAAUGUUAUAUAUUUUCAUGGAGUGUGUUCCCUGUGGCAGAUUGCUUUGUUAAUGUGUAACAAAUUAUUGCUUGUUGUACACACAAUAUUUGACUAUAUCUAUUAUAAAACUACAGUAUUAAUUCAAUAGUCUACAAUAUUCCAUACAUAUCCUGUGAAAUGUGAAGUUGCAUUAAUGAAAUAAAUAUACCCAUCUUUCA